UGGUUUGGCCCCCCCACGCCAUUAUGGGUCACCAUCUUUUUGGUCAGUGCGCUCUGGCACUUGUUGGAUCUUGCUUUGGUAAAGCUUUCAUCCUCGACGUAACCAGCAGUACACAGUCUCCAUCUCCAGUUCCCUGUAUCCACGAAAUUCCAUGAUCUCACCUUCCAACCAGAGUGAGUGAGAGAGGGGGCAGCUCGGGAGAUGGAGGCUGCGGCGGCCACAGCUUUUGCCGGAAGGAUCGCGCCGAAGCUCCUGGAGUUCUUAGCUGCAAAUCACAAGCUUCGGCAGAAUCUGGAGCAUGACAUCACCUACAUCCAAAGAGAGUUUGCGUUGAUUUCUGCCGCCAUUCAGCAAGACGAUGAGUGUCGCUGGAGAAACGGCGCCGUCGGUGACCAUGUGCAGAGGGCCUGGAUCCAAUUCAUACGUGACUUGGCGCACGCCAUUGAGGACUGCAUCGACCGCUUCGGGCACCGGGUGACCAUGUCUGGGACGUCGACGUGGAUCCGUCAGGCUGUCCACAGGUUGCAGACGAUGACAGUCCGCAAGGAGUUUGCCAAGGCAAUCCGCGAGCUCAAGAAGAUAUCACAGCAGUCAUCAAAGCUGAGAGAAACUUACUUCUACGCCAGCAUCAGUGCUGGCACCUCCUCUUCCUCAGUAGCGUCGUCGUCAGUGGCAUGUGACUGUGAGACGACGACACAGAUGGCGAUAGAUGACACCCUCUCAACUGGCAGGCCCUUGGGCAUCGAUGAGCCCAGGGACGAGCUUCUCGAGCUGAUCCAGCAGCAGCAACAGCAGCUCAAGGUUAUCUCCAUUGUUGGUUUCGAUGGUAUAGGCAAGACUCUCCUUGCCAAGCGUGUGUAUGACACAAUUGAGAACAAUUACGAAGCUCGGGCUUGGGUCUCUGCGGCGGAGCAAGGGGUCCCAACAAAUGUUAUCAAGGAGAUACUGCAGCAACUUGGUAUCCCCACCAAUGGUGGAGGUAACCUCAAUAAGCUCUGCACAAUCCUCAGACAAUAUCUUGGGACCAAGAGGUUCUUCAUUGUAAUCGAUGACAUGCGUACAGAAUUUUGGCAUGAUAUAAAAGAUACCUUUAUGGGGUUGAGCGGCAGAGUUCUGGUGACGACAUCCAUUCAGUCAGUAGCAAAUGCCUGCAGCAGCUCAGCCCCUCAUGAUCAUGUGUACGUAAUGAAGACUCUUGCUGAUGAACACUCGAGACUGUUGUUCUUCAAGGAAGCUUUCCAAGAUGACAAUCCGCCAGUAGAUAAGGAGGAUCAACUUGGCUCAGAAGCACUGAAGAAGUGCGAUGGUUUACCCCUUGCUCUUGUUACCACAGCCCGGUACUUGCAAAGCACAGGCAAUCCGACACGUGAAAACUGGGCAACAUUAUGCCACAACCUGGGAGCUCAUCUCCAAACAAAAGAGAUGUUAGCAAGAAUGAAGCGUGUGCUUGUCCACAGCUACACCAGCCUUGUUAAACAUGAUGUCAAGACAUGCUUGCUAUAUCUAGGUAUCUACCCUAGUGGUCGUACAGUAAGGAGAGGAAGCUUGAUAAGGAAAUGGUGCGCUGAAGGGUUUAUCCAAGGAGAUUAUAUGUGUAAUGCUCUGGAUGCUGCUAUUGACAAUUUCAAAGAGUUGGUCAACCGAUGUAUCAUUCGGCGUACAGAUGCCAAUAGGGAAAACAGCGAAGAUCAGCUGAAGACAUACCAUACUCACGGCAUGAUGCUCGAGUUCAUCCUGCACAUGUCCAAGUGUGAUAAUUUCAUUACCUUGUUAUACGAUCAGCUGGCUCCCCCGCCCCCACCCAGCAAAAUCCGUUGGCUCUCCCUCCAUGACGCAAGUGCCAGAGUAGCCAAUGAUCUAUUUCUUGUCCGGUCUCUGACAAUCUUUGGCAGGGCGCAUGAAUCUGUCUUGGAUUUUUCCAAAUAUGAACUGCUGCGAGUUUUGGAUCUAGAAGAAUGCGGUAACCACUUGGAGGACAAGCAUCUUAGGGAGAUAUGCAGUACCAUGUUGCUGCUCAGGUACCUAAGCCUCGGGUCCGCUGUUAUGAUUACAAUGCUUCCCAGAGAGAUCAAAAGGCUUCGACUUUUGGAGACGCUGGAUGUAAGAAAAACCAAGAUAGAGAUUCUGCCCACACAAGUCAUGGAGCUGCCAUGCCUGAUUCAUCUGUUUGGAAAGUUCAAGCUCCAACAAGGUGUAGGAGGUCAGAGAAUGCAUAAGCUACAGACUUGGAUAUCAAAAAAUAGCAAACUGGAAACGGUAGCAGGAUUUGUUGUGGACAAAAACAAGAGCCAGGGAUUUGAACAGCUCAUAGAGCAUAUGAAGCACUUGACAAAGGUGAAAAUAUGGUGCGAGCAGCCUACUAAUCAUUGUACGGAACUCACUGCCAGCGGCAGCGGCAGCAAGAACUACACUCAUCUCUCAAAGGCCAUCAAGGGGUUCGUCAAGAGAAGCACCGACGUGAAAAAAGCUCAUUCACUCUUACUAAAUUUCAAUGACGAAUUGUUCCAAGACUUGCUCUUAAACUUGUCCCUAGAAAAAGAAGAAGCUUCCUCCUGCUAUCUUCGCUCGCUCAAACUACAAGGGGCCAACAUAUGCAGCCUGCCUCCUUUUGUUACCAUGCUGGGUGGCAUCACUAAGCUGUGCCUUUCAUCUCCUCAUCAGCUGAGCGGGGAUAUUCUUGCUGCCCUGAGCAGAGUGCGCUGCUUGGCAUACCUGAAGCUGGUUGCAUCCCGGCUGGACAAACUCGUCAUCAUAAAAGGUGCACUUGGAAGCCUGCGAUCCCUAUGCAUCGUGGUGGAAGUCAUGACUGAGCUGGAAGUCGAAGUUGGAGCUCUGCCGCUCCUCGAGUCGCUCCAGCUGCUAUGUAAGGAUCUAAAUGGCUUUCGUGUCACAGCGAUCCAGGCUCUGCGACGCAUUAAGGAAGUCACCCUCCAUGAUGGAGUGAGCAAUGAAACAAAACAAAAGUGGAAAGAAGCAGCAAAAACCCACCCCAGACGUCCCAAGCUCUUGUUUGUUAAGAUGGCCAAAGAGGUUGAUAUGGGAAGUGAACCUGCUGACAAUUCUACGAGCUCUGUGGAGCCAACUACUCGUAUGACGUUAUCAGUGACAGUUGCCCACGAUGCCAUUUCUAAUGGACAGUCUGUAAAAGUUGAUGGUGAUGAUCUGCAACAUGACGAUGAUGAGAAAGAAGAUAUGGAGAACAUUGCUAUGCUAGAUGAUUUUGCUAGCAAAACCUGUCUGGACCCUCUGAUGAACAAGCAAAGUUUUGAACAGCAGAUGGAAGGAGUGGUAGGUUUAGAGGAUCAGCAGAUGGAAGAUGUCACUUGGUCUACUGAUCAGGCUGAUCAAAAUCCUGUGAUUUUAGUGGUGGGUGAGAAUAGAAGAAAGAGGGCUAGAACUCUUGAUGAAGACAAUUCAAUGGACAAGGUUGUAAAUAGGGUGAAGCGCAAGAAUCCAGAGGAUGUCCCAGAAACAGAGCCUACAAAGCAGACGUCACCUGGGCUCGUGGUUGUCUCUGAUGGAAAAAAUGAGGUUUUCCAUCGAAGAACAAGAUGAAGGCGAUUGGUGCCCCGGCUGGCAGAUCCAUGAUGAUGGUGUUAUUGUUUUGUCUGGAGUAGCCGUGUUUGCAAGCUUGGGUCAAUCUCGCUGGGAGGCAGUACUCGUUUGCUUUGAGUGUCAGGUUAGCGUUCGGUGUUUUAAGUAACCAUUGCUUCUGUUGCAUUGGCAACUGGUCUGUGUGUUCUGAUCCCCUGGCAUGUUUACAUGCUAAUGGUGAAUCCCCAAGGUGUUGUUUGCUACAUGGGCGGAGCAGACUGAUACGGCUAAAUGAAGAUGAUGAAGUGCUUCAAAUAAGCUUCUCCUUUUAAUCUGUACUUGUACUGCAACAUGAGUUUGUUAAACUUCAGAUAUCAAGUCUGCCGCACGUAUCUAAUGCA